CGAGGACAUUGCGAGCCACCGACAAUGUGUGGUGGGAAAUGUGAAGCAGGUGCGCGGGGAAAAGUUGGCGAGCUGAGUCGGGGGAGUCGAGUUGAGAGUGCGGCGCAAAAAAACAUUAAACAAACACGGUACUUAUACACGUAGCACAGCCACGUAACAGCAAGCGGUCGGUUGGGACGGUGCCAAGCUAGGUGCACCUUCGCGCUCUCACCAUCAAAGGAACUCUUCCCCCGGCGCUGGUGACGGCAGCGAACUCGGCGACUCGAGACGACGCUGCCUCCGUGUCGCCCACGCGGGCUGCCGGGGCCAAGUGCGGUGAGCGACGUGCAGGGUAAAGUUGGUGGGAAAGCAGCGUACGGCAGUAGCGGCGGCAGCAGCGCUCGACCAACGCCCCCCUGGGGGGCCCCACCACCGCCGUCGCGAUGAAUGUCGGCGUGGCGCACAGCGAGGUGAACCCCAACACGCGCGUCAUGAACAGCCGCGGCAUGUGGCUCUCGUACGUGCUGGCCGUGCUCCUGCUGCACGUCGUGCUGCUCUCCAUCCCCUUUGUCAGCGUCCCUGUCGUGUGGACGCUCACCAACAUCAUCCACAACGUGGGAAUGUAUUUGUUCCUCCACACACUGAAAGGCACCCCCUUUGAGACUCCGGACCAGGGCCGGGCACGCCUCCUCACCUACUGGGAGCAGAUGGACCAUGGCUUCCAGUACACGGCCUCCAGGAAGUUCCUCACCAUCAGCCCUAUUGUCCUGUACUUCCUGGCGAGCUUCUACACCAAAUACGAGGUGGCUCACUUUGUGGUGAACACCGUCUCCCUGCUCAGCGUCCUCAUCCCCAAGCUGCCCCAGCUGCAUGGAGUGCGCUUCUUGGGCAUCAACAAGUACUGAGGGGGGGACGUGGAGGCUUGCCCCAGCUGGUUCCGCACGCCCCAGCUGGUUUGGCACGCAUACCCCUCGUGUGCUUCUUCCCCACCAAGUGUUGCCGGGCAUUGUCGCUCAUCAGUGGCGGGGUACGGGGGGGGGUGUUGCGGACAUAAUACGUGCGCGCGCCGACACAUUCGCCGUGCGUAUCGCGCCGUUCUUUGCUCGUCCACACUUGCCCUGGUGUCCCCUGCCCGUCUUCCCCCUGGAGACUGAUUUUGCCCCUUUGUUGUGAGCAUCUACAUGUCUCUUUUGUGUCCGCAUCGGGGGUUUUAUUUGUGUGUGUGAAUUUGUCCAUGCAUCCUUCCGCGUGCGUGUGUUCGCGUGCGUGCACGUGGGUGUUCGCGGGCUUUAUUCGUUUUGCGGCGGGGUAAAAAUUUGCCGCGCCCAUGCAAGGGCAAUGCGUGCCACUUAACUUUGCGCAGCGCGGUUAGCAUCCCUGGCACAGUCUUGAGUGUCCUGCACCACCGCAGUCGCCUCUACAGCUGGGUGCUGUUAACACUGCAGGUGCAUUGGUUAACUCAUCACAUUGUUAACUCAUCACAUUGUCAUCACAUUGUGAUGAGUUAAUUGAACAUUGUAUUUUACUUAAAACUUUCAUGACUGCAGGAAUUCAUAUUCUUUGGUUCUUUCGGUAAAGUCACGUAGAUAGAAGAAAAAUAAUAAAAAAAUAAAGUGAAUAAAAAUAAAAUAAAAAUAUUCACUUUAUUUUUAUUAUUAUUUUUCUUCUAUCUACGUUACUUUACCGAAAGAACUAAAGAAUAUCAUCUAAUUGUAGAUUAAAAUUAUCUAUUGUGAAUGUUUGGCUCAUUAAAAAAUAUGAUCAUUGUAAUCAACCUGCCCCUUAUAUAAAAAAAAACCCAUAACUUCAACGAGUGAACAAUGUCAUAUGCUGCACUUACACACGUAAUACUUGAUGGUUACACUUGAGUAUCACGUUUGACCUGCAACAAGGUUUGUGCUUCCGCAAAAUUUUAAUUGCCCUUUGAUUCAGCACGAUGCUGCUGCUGCUUGGCCCGGUGAGCGUGAAUGCAGUUGCCAGUAAAGCCCUGCCUUGCACCAAAUUUACGUCUUGCCCAAACGUGUCACGGUUUCCCCCAUUGCGCCGGUAGGCAUUGGCAAAUCGUGUUUUUGUUGCCAAAAAAAUGCGCGUUGUAUGUACAUUGAACUUCUUUUACACCGUACGUUGCCAACCGUGGCAAUUGGAGGUGUGAGAGGGGAAGGAUAUCAGUGGAACAAACUGGCGGCGCGUGAAUCGAGUUUUACACGAGACCGCGGGCAGGCGCCAGCGCUACGAACGACGAUAGCGCCAGUCGCCGCUUCGUGCAGUAGCCAAGAAGCUCCGCCCGCUUCUUUUCGGCUAAAUCUCGGAGAGUUUCACUCAUUUGUGAACUCUCUUUCGGUAACGUGAUUCAUCCGCUUCAGAACUCAGUGGGCGGACGAAACAACAAAUGCAUGGCACUACGGACGUUUUGGCGGACGCUCCGAAAUUAGGACAGCCAGUGGGGAUAUCCACUUUUAAAUCAUCUAGAUUGAAAACUCAUUUCUUCAGAACUGCUUCUUGUGUUUGGUUUGUUAUCCCCCACCUGCCCCGCACCUACAAUUAGCAUGGUUGGCUAGGUACUUUGCAAAAGAUGUUCAACAUGCGUACAUACACCACAGUUCUGAUUGGUACGGUUGGCUACUUGCGGUGCGAAAGAAGUAUGUAGGUGCGUACGUACAGAGCGCCGUCGCGUAAAAUAAACGUUACGCUCCGGGUCGGGACUGUUGUGAUACAGUCACCCUAUUCCCUGAGGCUUCCGGUGAUUAACAUCAGGGACCAUUGGGGCUCACGAGGAAUGGAACAGGGUGCAUUGGACCACGCCAUUAAAUCAUUACAAUUCUUUUUUUUUGUACUCGGAAAUGUUGAUUUGAUUACUUGUGGGACACAUUACGUACAGUAACCGAAGCUCUCAGGUUUAGCUUGUAAAAGGGAAAAAUGGAAAAAUAAACGUCGGUGGUGCAAUGCACUGCGGAAAGAAUAAAACGCGCCCAGCGUUCCGUUUUGAUCGUGGACCAAAAAAAAAGAAACAAAAACCCCCCGCAUCGUCAUAAGUUGAUUCAAAUCAAUUUGAGUUUUUAUGCUGCGUGACAAAUGAAGUGAAGUGUAAAUCUUUUUCCCCAUGUUUGUAUUCGCCACGUUGCCUCGCAAAGCGACUGACGCGAAGCUCACGGUGGACAUCCUGAGAAUCCAACUUUGUUAUCGAAACGGUCGUAGUAAUUUAUUUACACCGAAUUCUAUGUAUUUUUUGUUAUAUUUCUGCUUAAAUCCUGUGCUUACUACCAAUGUUGAAAUUGUCACGAAAAGCAAAAUUUUGACUCCUGUGCCCAAGUACCUGGAUCGAUGUCCAAAUGCCUUACUGUUAUCGAUAUUGUUUAUGGUGAAUACUUUUCUGGUUCAUGGCUUACUUUAAAUAAACGUUGCAUAAACUG